AUGGCCAAAGACACCAAGAUCAGCGCACCUGACGACUUUAAAGGCGAAGCCUCUAAAGUCCAGGAAUUCAUCACCAGCUGCGAAUUAUAUUUCGCUGCAAACCCGGAGAAAUACAAGGAGGAUGAAAAGAAGAUUAUCUUCGCUCUGUCGUAUAUGAAAGGUGAUACGGCAGGAGCAUGGAAGACAGUCUUCUUGGACAAGGUCAACGGACCUGAAGAGGAUAGCGACGAUGAAGAAGGAGAGGAAGGGGAAGGCUUGGGCAUAUCUCCCAUAACGCCCAAGAAGCCGGAAUACGGAACCUGGAAGGAUUUCAAAGCACAAAUCCGAAGGGAGUUCGAACACGCCGCUCAAGAAAUACAGAGCCGAUUCGAUCUGGAUAGUUUCCGUCAGGGAAACAUGAACGCCACCGACUAUGUCACCAAGUUCAAGAUCCUUAUUUCCAAAGGAAAAAUCAAAGGAAAUAACGCGAAGGUCACAUUCUUUCAGAAAGGCCUCAACCCUGCA